GUGGGAACUUCCAUGUAAGGCCAGGGACGUCCCUCCUUCUCUGCUCCGGCUCAUAGUGACCCUGAUCUGGUAAAGCCCCCAUCCUGCCCUGACUCUGCCAUGGGCACCAGGCUCCUCUGUUGGGCAGCCCUCUGCCUCCUGGGAGCAGAUCACACAGGUGCUGGAGUCUCCCAGUCCCCCAGUAACAAGAUCACAGAGAAGGGAAAGGAUGUAGCUCUCAGGUGUGACCCAGUUUCAGGUCAUAAUGCCCUUUAUUGGUACCGACAGAGCCUGGGGAAGGGCCUGGAGUUUCUAAUUUACUUCCAAGGCAAUGAUGCACCAGACAAAUCAGGGCUGCCCAGUGAUCGGUUCUUUGCAGAGAGGUCUGGGCGAUCCUUCUCCACUCUGAAGAUCCAGCGCACGGAGCAGAAAGACUCGGCUGUGUAUCUCUGUGCCAGCAGCUUAGCCACAGUGGGGCACAGUCACCUCCUUCCUGCUCACAAACCUCAUCCUUCUCUCUCCUUGCAGCUCCUGGAGACCCUUAACAGAGGCCUCCUUUGUUCCUCCCUCCCCAAGGGAAACAAGUAGAUUUGGACCUUGGCUGUCCUUAGGUUAGAAAGAAACCACAAAUUCACCCCUGGGACACAGCAACUGUAAAUGUGGGUGGUGGUAGCUUCCAAACCAGCCAUAAUAAUUCUGAGAGCUCUGUGCUCUUAGAAACUUCAGAGAACUCAUCAAUCCUUUCUGUGCUCAAACAUCCCUUUGUCCCCUCUAAGACCCUGACCCACUUUGUCCACGUGAAGAUCCUAUCAUGAAAACAGUGGGCUGUGCUAUCGUGCUCAUGCCUCAUUUCUAGGCGUUGAGUAUUAAGCACUGAAGAACUCUGAAAGUUGUGCUUCUGAGUCCAGUGAUGUGCUGGAGCCAGAUUUUCUGACUCACGAGAGACAAAUAAGCACACUCUUCCCAGCUCCCCAUUUGGUGAAGCCGUGUUGACAGCUUGAAAUCCACCAUGGGGCCUAUGUUGAUACAACAGAAAUUGGUGAAAGCUUCCACCACCCACAUGUCCCCACAUCCACAGACAGUUUACUAGCACAUCAUUGGAAUGCUUUCUGAGACAAUGAUGUCCCUGUUGCACCAUGUCUUGUGAGGCUAAAAGGACUCAGAAUUCACCUCCUUUCUGCUCUUCCUUUUAGAAACCAUGGUCUAAGAUGGCCUCAACUGACCUUAUUUCUAUUCAAUCUGCAAAUGCUCUUGUUUUGUGGGUCUGUGUCUCCUAUAAGCUGGUCUGGAACAUGACACCUAUUACGAAUGCAGCUAAAGGAAAUGGUGAACCAGCUCAUUAGUUUCAAAUCAUCCUCCCUUGCAUGGAAUACGUAGAUGCUGCAGUCACUGGGAGCAGAGAUGCGGAAGCAGCCGCUCUGGACUGCAAACCACUUUACAGCCAGCUGAUUCUUCAGUGGCACAGACACACCCUGGGGCAUGGACUAAUUGGCUUUGGAAACUAAGCAGCUCCACACCAGUCAGCAAUGACCUUGGAUCUAUUUUCCGAUGAGAGGUCAAAAAGAUCACACUCACUCUAAAUGUCCUCCUCUCCAAUAUAUAGUACAGCCCCCAUCCAUCUCAGUCCCUGGAGUUCAUCCAGAGCUCCCAGAGAAUCCCUGCUCUGGGGCAGAAUCACCAAGACUGGUCCUUGCCAGCUCCCCACAGGCUCCAGCAGGGCUUUCCUGCCAGGUGCAGGGCA